UUAAGAGAAUUAAAACUUUCUUUAGUAUGCAUAUAAUUGUUAUUUGUGCGGUGCACAAAAUCAAGUACACAAAAAAUAAUAAUAAAAGCUUGUCAAAGCAGAAAUCAAUUGUAUUGGAUAUCCUACGAAAAUAUAAAUUCUUAUGGGCAAACCAAUACAAGUCGAUGUGGAGCAUUGUGGAUUAUGUGCGGCACAUGCCCGGCAGUGUAGGACACUGCAAAAAUACAUAAUGAAAGAACAACCAGAUACGGACCUAAUUUGUCAUGUUGGGCGUCGUGGUUCCUUUGAAGUUAUCGUAAACGGUAUGUUGGUACAUUCGAAAUUGAAAACCCAGGCUUUCCCAUCACAGGAAGAAAUAUUGCAGAGCGUGAUAAAUGUCCGUGAAGGUUUGCCACCGAAAUACGUGAGGUCAGAGAAUUCUUGUUCAUUGAUGUAAAACUUCUAUUGUAUGUACGGAUUUGUAUAAUUUAGUGUAUAUUUUUGUAAAUAUAUUUUAUUACUUUUAUGUAAUACUUUGCUGUGACAAUAUCUGUGCCGUUCAGUUAAAUUAGCCUUAAGUCGGGCUAGGCCCUAUUGCCUUUAAAGCAAAAUUUCAUUGGGUUCCCAAACAAUAUUUUAAUGUUUAACUAUUCAUAGGGGCAGUUCAAGAUGCCCUUUUAAUAGAAGCUGAUUACAUAUUUUUUAAUUCAAAGUCAAACAUUCUAAAGUCACUUAGGUU